GAUGAUAAUUAUGGAAUACGCCCACUUUCAUCAUUUCAACCUUCCGAGAUUAUGAACAUUUCAAGGAAAGAUCGCAAUAAUAUCUACAGCGAUGUCUUACAAGCGAUUGCCGUACUGCACAAUACAAACACUGUAUUCGGAGAUCUCCGAACCCCGAACAUUUUGCUGGUUGAAAGGGUGCCGUCAGAGUCAACAAUUAGUGCAAUACUCGUUGACUUUGAAUGGUGCGGGAUUGAUCAAAGAGGAAGAUACCCUCUGUCCAUGAGCCGAACUGUACCCUGGCCCCCUGGUGCAGAGCCUGGCGCACUCCUCAGAAAAGACCAUGAUAACUACUGGCUUGAAUAUUUGAAGCGCCAGCUUAAUGUACAGCCAAGAUGA